AUGUCAUUCCUCAAGAAAGGUUAUCAAGACUUAUGAAAAGCAAUAAUCCGUCCGCCUCGAGACGUUUAUGAAACAAAAGAACUGGGACCUACUGAAUUUUGCAUUGGAGAACGAAGCUUCAAACGCACCGACAUCUCUCUACAAAAUCGUCGAGGACUAAGGCUGGAAUGCUCCCAUUUUGAGCCCGUUGCAGAAGAGAGAGUCUGCGCUCAGCUACCUUGUGUUAUAUAUCUCCAUGGAAAUUCAAGCAGCCGACUUGAAGCUUUAGCAUCAGUUCCAGUCCUUCUCCCAGCAAAUAUCACAUUAUUCUGUCUAGAUACAUCAGGUUCUGGCUUAUCAGAAGGCGAAUAUAUUUCAUUAGGGUGGUAUGAGCGCGAUGAUGUAGAUUAUGUGGUCGAAUAUCUGAGGAAUUGUGGAACUGUCAGUUGUAUAGGACUUUGGGGAAGAAGCAUGGGGGCAGUCACUGCUCUUUUGCAUGCAGAUAGAGACCUUUCAAUUGCUGGAAUGGUCCUUGAUAGUCCUUUUUCAAACUUAAAAGUCCUUACAAAAGAGCUUGCAGCAAUUUACGCAAAAAAUAUCCCUGGAAUUGUGCUUUCAGCUGCAAAAUCAAUGAUAAGAAAAACAAUAAGAAAAAAAGCGAAUUUUGACAGUAAUGAGCUAGAUCCUUUGAAGCAUGUAGAUAAAUGUUUUAUUCCUGCUUUAUUUGUGGCUGGAGAGGAUGACACAUUUGUAAACCCAAAACAUUCCCAGAUAUUAUAUGAUAAAUAUGCAGGAGAUAAAAACAUCAUAAUAGUGGAAGGAGACCAUAACAGUGACCGGCCUCAAUUUAUGCUAGAUUCAGUUGCUAUUUUUUUUUAUAAUACUUUACAGUGCCAAUUUUUACCUCAGCUUGAAAUAGUUCCAAGAUCAGCUAAAAAGCGAAAAAAGUUCAGUCGCAACGCAAGAGUAUUUGAAAAAGCUAGAGAAUUUCAAGACAAUUUAGUAUCAGAAGAAGAGCUACUAAGACAAGCUAUUGAAGAAAGCCUCAAAGUGUCAGACGUUAAAAAUGAAGAUCCAGUAGAGAACUCCUAUGAGUUUUUAUAA